CGUUUGGCGCACCCUGGCCCUCACGUGGGCGCUGCGAACCUCGAUGACCGCGAACUCAUGCCCACAGACACUGUUCCCGACCACUGAGCGCCGACGCCCUUGACCUCCUCCCGCACCCUCGAAAUGAACGGCUAUCCAUACCCAACGCGGCCCUUGUCGGGGGGCGAAAACGGUUCCAACAUGAUGGAUAUGACGGGGGCCGGCAUGAACACCUUCAACAUGGUCGAAGACCAGUCGCUCGAUUCAAUCGUAGCUCAAAACGACAAUGAGAACCGCCGGCGAAGCAUGCCUGUCUAUGCUAGACAGCCGCACAUGCAAAUGGGCCGUCCAGAUACUAGGCGAUUGUCCAUGAUGAACUUUGGCGACCCGGAUGGCGGCACCGUCGACGGGUUUCAAUUCGACAUGUCCACCACUGCUGCCAUGGACGGCAUGAUGCGCAACCACACCGCUUUUCCAGGAACCACUACCGCCAUGUCGAAUGACAGGCCUCCCGCUCCCAAUCUCGCCAUAAACACCCAGUUCCAAAGUCAAAACUCCCCGUACUCAACCAUGGUUACUCCGGGCCCGGCAUAUGCCUCGCCCAUGCUCCAAAAGGGCUCCCUCGACAUGGACAUGAGCCCGUAUCCAAAUGCCAUGCCUAUGCCAUUAGACAUGGACGACUCGCUCGACAUGGUGCCAACCGACAUGAACAUGUUUGCGCCAAAUGAAUAUAAUGCCCCAAUGCUAGAUUCUCCCCUUAAUCAAGACUUUGCAAGACCGCUGCCCGCCGUCCUCCAGGACAGGAAAAUGUCCGCAAUGCAAUCUUCAGACCGAUACACUAAGCCACCUUCGAGCAACACCCCAGAAGCUCUCUCAAGCGGGUCUGGCUUCCCCAGUCGCGCAGGUAGUCUGGACCAAAACAGUCUCCGAUCCAACUCCAGACCCGCAAGCGAGCAACGUUCGUCUAGCAGUGUUCCAACACAAUUGGGCCUCGCUACGCUACAGCAACAGCAACCUGCAGCGCUCAACCCAACCCAAGCCAUAUCCAAGGACACCGCCAACAAGAAGCUGGGGGACUACAAACCUUCAUGGGCGCCUCCGGCGAGCGGGUUCCCUUCAACGAUGAAACCAAAGCCUCAUACCAAGGCUCAGUUCAAGAACGCUUACUCUUCAACGGGCUUUGACAUGCUUGGUGUACUAAUGCGCGUAGCCACGAGACCUGAGCCCCAGAUUGAUAUAGGAUCUGUAGAUUUAUCGUGUGCCUUUGUUGUAUGUGACGCCGAAAUGGACGAUGUCCCCAUCGUAUAUUGCUCAGAGAACUUUGAGCGCCUCACUGGCUACACCAGACAUAUGAUUCUGGGAAGGAAUUGCCGAUUUCUCCAGUCGCCGGAUGGUAAAGUAGAAGCCGGUAUCAAGCGCAACUACGUCGACGACGACUCUGUCUUGUAUUUGAAGAACAUGGUCGAUAACAGGUCCGAAGCACAGAUCAGCUUGAUCAAUUACAGACGAGGUGGACAGCCAUUUAUGAACCUCCUCACCAUGAUUCCCAUUGCUUGGGAAGCCGGGGGUACCAUGAAAUACUAUGUUGGUUUCCAAGUCGACCUCGUAGAGCAACCGGGAGCUAUGACGAACAAGAACUCGGACGGGUCGUUUCGGAUCAACUACCAGCGCGGAAUGUCGAUACCUAGUUACGUCUUCAACGACCACCACAAGCCGCUACCUGAGCAAGGGCAGACCAUUUCCAAGGACGAAGUUUCUCAAGUGCUUGCUACCUAUAGUGGAUCUGGAGACUCGGAAAUGACGAGACGUAUCUGGGACAAGGUCCUCCUGGAGAACAGCGACGAUGUUGUCCACGUACUGUCUCUCAAGGGGCUAUUCUUAUACCUGUCGCCCGCUAGUAGUAGAAUCCUCGAGUACGACCCCAGUGAGUUGGUUGGUACAGCAUUGUCAUCUGUGUGCCAUCCCAGCGACAUUGUACCAGUCACCAGGGAGUUGAAGGAGACGACCAGUGGCGCGUCAGUAAACGUAGUAUUCCGGAUCCGAAGGAAGAAGAGUGGAUACAUGUGGUUCGAGGGCCAUGGCUCACUACAUACUGACCAAGGUAAAGGCCGGAAAUGCAUCAUCUUGGUCGGUCGCGAACGCCCGGUGUACACACUCAGCAAAACCAUCGUACGCGAAUCGGGCGGUGUUGGCGACAACGAGCUGUGGACCAAAAUGUCUACGUCGGGCAUGUUCCUGUUCGUCUCGUCUAACAUUCGUCAGCUUCUUGAUAAACAGCCCGAAGACCUCGUCGGUACUAGUAUCCAGUCACUUAUGCGUCAAGAGUCCAAGGUGAACUUUGGACGUAUCUUGGAGCUCGCACGAGGUGGAAGGAAGGGUGAAGUGAAGCACGAGAUGAUCAACAAGAGAGGUCAGGUCCUCCAAGCAUUCACCACAAUCUAUCCCGGAGACGCCGUCGAGGGCCAGAAACCAACCUUUGUGGUUGGACAAACACGGCUACUCAAGUAUUCGAGGAAUAGUAGCACCAGUCGACCCUCAAUGUACACGUCGAAUAACAAAGACCGACAGUCUGGAGAGUCUCAACACUCACUACCGACACAGUACUCUGGAGGAUCACCACAUGCUGCAUCCAUGGCCGGGACUACCGGGUCCAACACUUCAAUAACCGCAUCGACUAACCCUCUUUUUGUGACCACGGACGAACAACCGGCCACGUAUGCUGGCCACAAUGGACUGCCACUAGGACACCAGGACCAGAGUCUUGCUUCCGACGACAAUGUUUUCGAUGAACUAAAGACGACGCGAAGUACUAGUUGGCAAUACGAGCUGCGGCAGAUGGAGAAGCGCAAUCGAUACUUGGCAGAAGAGGUGCAGAGCCUACUCGCAGCCAAGAAGAAGAGAAAACGAAGAAAAGGUGCAGGUCAAAUGCAAAAGGACUGCGCAAACUGCCAUACAAGAACAACGCCCGAGUGGCGAAGGGGUCCGUCUGGCAAGCGGGAUCUCUGCAACUCUUGUGGCUUGCGAUGGGCAAAGCAGCAAGGCCGUGUAUCACCAAGAACGUCGUCGGCAGCAAGCGAAAGGAGCAAGAAGAGUAUCUCGCCGCGACACCACCCGAGCCAUCUAUCCAUGCUAACUCACGCCUCCCCCGAGACAGGGCAGCAGCCGUCUGUGCCUUCGACGCUGGCCCAACCUACCAAAAUGUCGCCUCAUCAGGGCACUGCUGGCGAGUCUCACGCGGCCAAGACGGCGCGGACAGACAUGGCUGCUUCACAAUGCUUCGUCCUUCCUCCGAUGAUUGAUGAGGUUACCGAGCCGGAGUGACGACCAUGACCAAUUGUUUCUUCUUUUGGAUCUUUUCUUCCCAUACUCGGUCUGGUCAGUUGCCUGUAGUAUGAACGAUACCCCUAGCGCAAUUAUUUUUCGACUUUUCUCUCUCGACAAGGUAUGGAUAGAUGUAGAUAUUUCACAGUUGCCGGCUGAUUGGACGACGUUGUAUAUUUGUUACUGGGCG